CACCUAUCCCUACCUGCACGUCUGACACGGCGCGACACGGCGUCAUUUACCGGCAUCGAAUAUAGACCAAGCUGAACGCACGUUGGGCUCCGCAAUUCCAAAGGAGUCUAAUAAAGCCCGGGCGCAUUUCAACGACGGAAGCCCGCCGUUGGAGGCGAUCAUCGUACUCAUCAAUCGCUAGCCUCAAGAGAGACCGUUGACGCCUCCCGUGGCUUUCUCCGUUAACGCCGCUCGCAAUGGCAUACCAGCAGCAAUACGACAGCUAUCCACAGCAGCAGCGCCAGCCGCGCCAGCAGCAACACUACGAACAGCGACCUCCGCAGCAAAGACAGCAGCAGCAAUACUACGAACAGCAAGCCCCGCAACAACGACAGCAGCAAUACCACGAACAGCAGCCUCCGCAACAAAGACAGCAACAAUACUACGAGCAACAGCCCCCACAGCAACGACAGCAGCAGGCGGGUUACGACAACCGGUACGACCAGCAGUAUGACCAGCAGUACUACGGUUAUGGCUAUGACCAGGGCGGAAACGAACAAUGGGACGACAGCUAUUACGAGCAACAGACCAGGUGGGGAGGAGGUACACAGCAGCAACAGGGUGGAUAUCAAGACGUGAAUAGCUAUAGAAGGCAAGCCCCGCAGAGUCAAAAUCAUGAGCGAAGAGCACCACCACAGCAGGAUCAUUAUGUUCCAGAGCCGACAUACGACGAACGUCACCACCAACGGCCGCCUCCGCAACGACAAGACCCAAGAGGCAGACCUGUGGGGCGCGGGAAUGAACCGUUAUCACCCCCACAACCACCACGAGGGAAUGAACCACCGUCAAGCCCACAAGCAGGACGAGGAGGACUACGGCCGCCAGGACUGGAUCGCUCCCUUUUCAACGCGCCCUCUCACAAGAACCUCCCCCUGGACAACCCCUUCCCAACGUUUCCUACGCAGAAGGCAAAACAAGCCGCAUCGAAAGACACAAUGAACCAGGCUAUGUCGCAAAUGAAAAUUAAUGAUAAUGAGGGGCAAGGUAGAACACAGGGGCCGCCAGGGCCAGGAAAGCCCAUGGUACCGCAAAAUAGGGCACCAGAGCAGCCAAGAUUAGAGCAACCAAGAUCAGCGCAACCAAGUUUUGAGCAACCAAGAUCAGAACCCAGUGCACGACAGGAUUCAGGUCAUUUCGAGGACAAUGCUCAUGGCCAACGUGCUCCACCAAAUCGAAUGCCACCCGGCCAGCGACCACCUCCAAUGAAUAACAACACAUCCCAAGGUAUUCCGCCGCAGCAGUUGUCUAACCCAAAGUCCCCCUCUCAGCAAGCUUUUGGUGCAAACAUUCAGCGCUCUAUGACGAUGCCGCAAAAUUAUCCUAGUGGGAUACAGGGAGGGAGACAGGACUAUCAACAGCAAUGGGCUGAGCCUGGGGCUACACCUGGAUAUCAUGGGCCGGCAUCAACUACAUAUGCUGGGCCGAGGCCUUCCACGGCCGGCGGGACAAGGCAAAAUGAUCUCAACGGACAACAAGGGCAAAGGCCCCCGAUACCACAAAUGCCACCGCAGCAAUACCAAGCCUCGAACCAACCCUACCAAGCUCAGGGCAACGAACAUGUUGCCCUAGACACCUUCUACGAUGACUACUACGAAGAACACAAUGAUCGGAAAAGUAAGGCCUCUACCCUAGACAUGCCUAACUUUGACGCCAUUCCAGUGAUCGGCGACAACAGGCAUCGAAGAGGCGACUCAAUAGACAAUCAUUUGUCUCCUACUGCGGGACCAUCGCGUAGUAUCGCACAUACAGCUGGCCCCAUAGACCCGGUUCUUGUUCAGAACCAAAACUUUCAACAGCAAGCAUUACGAAGCCGCUCGCAGCCCGAUCUUCACGAGCAGUACAACAAUGGUGCACAUGAAAGGGCCGGAGAUGCCCCACCCAUUCCCGCUCUACCCAGGGCGAACACUGGUUUUUCGGCUCCGAACGGUUUGCCAAGUGGCCCACGAGGUCGAGGACCACCGCCUAGAGGAAUGACAGUCGAUGGCAUACAGCGAGAGCCGCCAGGUCAUGGGCCUGCACAGGGCCUACCACCAAACUUUGAUCCGAGGUACGCACGACAGCCACCGCCAGUUCAAAGGGUUUAUUCAGAUGAAUCCGCGUAUUCAGAGCCGCCGCCGAACAUGAUGAGAAAGGUGUCUUCGCCAGUUGGUCAUGGCAACCCCGUACCCAGGCCGGGAACAGCAGGAGCUGUACCAGGGCGCGUACCUGGCGAUACUCUCGGUCGCAGGCCAGAUUUUACCCAGCAACGAUCAAAUCCGGACGCACUGCCAGCACAUCCAACUCCAGUACGACCUGGCCUCAUGCAACAAAACCAACAGCAGCAGCAAAAGCAACAGCAACAACAACAACCCGCCCAGGCCCCAGUAUCGCAGAAUGCAAGACCACCACCUGUACGGCAGCACAAUAGUGAUGCUUCGCGUAUGAGUCAUGAUAACCAGCCCGCAGCAGUUCCGCAACGUAUCUCUGUGCCCCACCCAGUUACGCAUGACGAACUAAAUCGCCUCCGUAACACAUGGAAAGCCAAUCCAUCCGAUAUUGCUACAGGUUUAAAGCUUGCCAAGAAGUUGGUUGAAGCGGCUAGCGUCCUUGCUGAUGAAGGAGGCAAGGCCGAUGUCCGGACGAAAAACAAGAAUCGUGAGAAGUUCGUCCUCGAAGCUCACAAGAUUGUCAAGAAGCUCGUUCAUCAAGGCUCUCCGGAUGCGAUGUUUUAUCUCGCAGACUGCUAUGGGCAAGGUCUUCUCGGUCUAGAAGUGGAUACAAAGGAAGCAUUUACUUUGUACCAAUCCGCCGCGAAGGGAGGUCAUGCUGCGAGUGCGUAUCGGACAGCGGUGUGCUGCGAGAUGGGCCACGAAGAAGGCGGUGGUACGAAGCGAGACCCACUCAAGGCAGUGCAGUGGUACCGCCGUGCCGCAGCUCUCGGUGAUACACCAGCUCUGUAUAAAAUGGGCAUGGUUCUACUCAAAGGACUCUUGGGCCAGCAGAAAAACCUUGGUGAAGCAAUCAAUAUGCUCAAGCGAGCUGCCGAGCGAGCUGAUAGAGACAACCCGCAUGCGCUACACGAGCUAGCACUUAUCUAUGAAGCGCAAACCGGGAACGAACGGAUCAUUCGAGACGAAAAAUAUGCAUUCCAACUUUUCCAGCAAGCCGCUGAUCUUGGGUAUAAAUUCUCACAGUUCCGACUAGGACAGGCCUACGAAUAUGGGCUGCUAGGCUGUCAGAUCGAUGCUCGAACCAGUAUCGCGUGGUACACAAAGUCUGCAUCGCAGGAAGAACACCAGAGUGAACUCGCGCUGUCAGGCUGGUAUUUGACUGGGAUCCAGGGUGUCCUUGAGCAGAGCGAUACCGAGGCCUAUCUUUGGGCACGAAAAGCAGCGUGUGCAGAGCCUCCACUACCGAAAGCGCUGUUUGCCAUGGGGUACUUCACUGAGGUGGGCAUAGGCUGCCCAAGAAGCUUGGAUGAAGCGAAGCGGUGGUACGGAAGAGCUGCUGCAUACAAAUUCCCCAAAGCCCAAGAACGCCUCGAAGAACUCAAGCGCGGUGGGUCGAAAGUCCAGAUGAAGCGCGAACGCCUUAGUCGAACCAACCAGAAACAGCAGGAAGAGAAUUGCACUGUCAUGUAGGACAGAGGGUUUUCUCGGUACUAGCGGCGCAUCGGUCUUGUUCUUGCUGUCUGCAUAUGGGUAUUACUUUCGCAUUGAUUCGCAUAUCAAGGGUUUCGACACAAUAGGGACUACGUUGUACAUCUACAGUCUAGCAUGGCAUAUGCAUUGACUAUGGCGUUGAUCACUACUUUUAGGUAGCAGCUUCUGGUACAUGGACUUUGGCGUUUUGAAUGGGGGCACGGUCACGACUUGAUGAAAGCAAAGCUAUGCGCAAGCGGACGAUCGUUUUGUCACCAUCACCACGUGUUACGAGCUGAACAUUGGCCCGUCGUACAUAUUUUCAUAUAUGUAGCUCAAUGCUCAGGAUAUGGAUAAGACAAUGAAUUAAUGCAUCUUCUCAACACGUCGACACUGAGGCUGGAGGACUUUGUUAUAGCUACCCCUGAUAUAUGCC